UUUAUUUAAUGGGAGCAAUGGAAAAAUUAAGCUGGUAUCCAGACCAAACUUGGCCCUUGUAAAUGAGAUAGAAAGACUUUUACUUUGAAGAGCAUGUGGGCAGCAGGUGAUGCCUCUGGACGCUGUUCAUUAAUAUGAGAUGCUGCUCAUCUGGACACUUUCGCUGUUGCUGGGAGCAGUAGUAGGAAAAGAAAUCUGCUAUCAAAGACUUGGUUGCUUCAGUGAUGACUCCCCUUGGGCAGGAAUUGUAGAAAGACCCAUCAAAAUAUUGCCCUGGGCUCCAAAAGAUGUCAACACUCGUUUCCUCCUAUACACUAACGAGAACCCAGACAGCUUUCAAGAACUCGUUGCAGAUCCAUCUACUAUCACAGACUCCAAUUUCAAAACAAAUAGAAAAACUCGCUUUAUUAUUCAUGGAUUCAUAGACAAGGGAGAAGAAAACUGGCUGCACAGCAUUUGCAAGAACCUGUUUAACGUGGAAAGCGUGAACUGCAUCUGCGUGGACUGGAAAGGUGGCUCCCGAACCGGAUACACACAAGCCUCACAGAACAUCCGGAUUGUGGGAGCAGAAGUGGCGUAUUUCAUUGACGUUCUUGAGUCGUCAUUUGGAUACUCACCUUCCAAGGUCCAUGUCAUUGGCCACAGUCUGGGUGCCCAUGCUGCUGGGGAGUCAGGAAGGAGGACAAAUGGGACCAUUGGACGAAUCACAGGGUUGGAUCCAGCAGAACCGUGCUUUCAGGGCACACCUGAAUUAGUCCGAUUGGACCCCAGCGAUGCCCAAUUUGUGGAUGUAAUUCACACAGACGCUGCCCCCAUAAUCCCCAACCUGGGUCUUGGAAUGAGCCAAAUUGUGGGCCACCUAGAUUUCUUUCCAAAUGGAGGAAAGGAAAUGCCCGGAUGUAAGAAGAAUGCUCUCUCUCACAUCGUUGACAUAGAUGGGCUCUGGGAAGGAACUCGCGACUUUGUGGCCUGUAAUCACUUAAGAAGCUACAAGUAUUAUGCUGAUAGCAUCCUCAACCCUGAUGGCUUUGCUGGAUUUCCUUGUGCCUCUUACAAGGUUUUCAGUGCAAACAAGUGCUUCCCCUGUCCAAGUGAAGGCUGCCCGCAGAUGGGUCAUUAUGCUGAUAGAUUUCCUGGGAAAACCCAAGCAGAGGGCCAGGUAUUUUAUCUAAACACCGGUGAUGCCAGCAAUUUUGCCCGUUGGCGGUAUAAGGUGGCUGUCACACUCUCUGGAAAGAAGGUUAGAGGACACAUACUCGUUUCUUUGUUUGGAGAUAGAGGAAACUCUAAGCAGUACGAAAUUUUCAAGGGCAGUCUCGAACCAGCCAAUACUCAUUCCAAUGAAUUUGACUCAGAUGUGGAUGUUGGAGAUAUGCAGAAGGUUAAAUUUAUUUGGUACAAUAACGUGAUCAACCCAACUCUACCCAGAGUGGGAGCAUCCAAGAUCAGUGUGGAACGCAACGAUGGAAAAGUGUUCAACUUCUGUAGCGAAGAAACUGUGAGGGAAGAUGUUCUGCUUACCCUCACCCCAUGUUAGGAGCUGCUGACAUGUGAACACUGAAUCUUACUGCUAAUAAAAUCUAGUGGUGAAGCACUACA